AUGGGUUGUAUAUCGACGAAGAAAAAGACACUUACUCCCCCCCCCUCCGUGAGUGAACAAAAAAAUUUUGUUCAUCACGGAGGGGGGGUUAAUUUUUUUUUUUUAAAAAAAUUUAUAUUUAAAUUUUAUAAAAAAUUUUUUUUUCGAAAUUUUAAAAAAAUCCUAAUCCGCAAAAAUUGGAAAGCAAAUAUUAAUUUAAUUUAUAAAAUUUAUGUUUUAAAAAGCAAUUCGUUUAAAAUUAAACAGAAUUAGCUCUAGAUUUCAUUAUAAUAAUUAUCACUUAUAUAUCAAAAUUUUUUCCAUAAAACAUUUUUGUAUUAAAAAAAAUUUUUGUUCACUCACGGAGGGCGGGUUUUUGGGCAAAAAAUAGCGAUUUUUCUAAUAGUUUUGUUCACUCACGGAGGGAGGGGGAGUUAGCACCUAUCUUGAUAAUAUUCAGCAACUUAAAAUUCGUCCUGAACUUUUCGUUACAGAGAGUCAAGACAAAUUUUCAAAUGAAUACGAAAUCACUAGCUCCCCCCACCAUGAGCGAGCAAAACCAUUGGAAAAAAUCCCUAUUUCUGACCAAAAUCCGCCCUCUGUGAAUAAAAAUUUUUUAAUAAAAAAAUGUUUUAUGGAAAAAAAAUUUGAUAUAUAAGUGAUAAUUAUUAUCAUGAAGUCUCGAGCUAACUCUAACAAAUUGCGUCAAAAACAUAAAUUUUACAAAUUGAAUUAAUUUUUGCUUUCUAAUUUUUGCGAAGUCGGAUUUUUUUUUAAAUUUUGAAAAAAAUUUUAUUCAUGAAAUUUAUAUCAAUUUUUUUUUAAAAAAAAAAAUUAACCCUCCGUGAGCGAACAAGAUAUUUUUGCUCGCUGACGGAGAGAGGGGGAGUAAAGAGUUGGGCAAAGGUGCAUUUUCAAAGGUCUACCAAUGUUUGGAUAAACUCACAGGAAAUACCUGCGCAGUCAAAAUGAUAACAAAAAAAGAGCUGAGCCAAGAAAUGCUAACAUCGACAAACAAGCUACAAGAAAUCCAAGUUUUGAAGACUUUAGAUCAUCCUAACAUUUUAAAGGUUUUUCAGAUAUUUGAAGAUAAAAAAUACUUCUAUAUUGUCAUGGAAUUCUGUGCUGGAGGAGAGCUAUUUAAUAAAAUCACUUCAAAAGGCCAUUUUAGCGAAAGAGAAACAGCACAUAUCAUAUAUCAAUUAUUAUCAGCCGUAACCUACUGCCACUCCAAAAACAUAAUCCAUAGGGACCUGAAGCCUGAAAAUAUUUUAUUAGAAGAAGUUAAUGGGGAACUCACGAUAAAAGUCGCUGAUUUUGGCAGUUCUGUAUUUUUUAGUAAAAAUAAAAUAAAAGGAUGCUUUGGAUCAGUAUAUUAUAUAGCGCCAGAAGUAUUAGAAAACUCCUAUAAUGAGCUCUGCGAUGAGUGGAGCUGCGGGGUUAUUUUGUAUAUAUUACUCACUCCCCCCCUCCGUGAGUGAACAAAACUAUUAGAAAAAAUCGCUAUUUUUUUGCCCAAAAACCCGCCCUCCGUGAGUGAACAAAAAUUUUUUUAAUACAAAAAUGUUUUAUGGAAAAAAAUUUUGAUAUAUAAGUGAUAAUUAGUAUAAUGAAAUCUAGAGCUAAUUCUGUUUAAUUUUAAACGAAUUGCUUUUUAAAAAACAUAAAUUUUAUAAAUUAAAUUAAUAUUUGCUUUCCAAUUUUUGCGAAUUAGGAUUUUUUUAAAUUUCGAAAAAAAAAUUUUUAUAAAAUUUAAAUAUAAAUUUUUUUAAAAACAAAAAAUUAACCCCUCCGUGAGUGAACAAAAUUUUUUUAUUCACUCACGGAGGGGGGGAGUCAGCGGAAAGCCGCCUUUUGGUGGAAAAAGUGAAGCCGAAAUUUUGCAUAAUAUUAAGUAUGGGAUCGUUAUGACCGAAGGACCACAUUUCAGCAGGAUCUCGGAAGGUGCUAAAGACCUUAUUAAAAAACUAGUCGAAAGAGAUACAUCGAAACGGUUAACAGCUCAAGAAGCCCUUAGCCAUAAUUGGCUUCAGUCUUAUAGAUCAUUAGAGUUUCCUAGCACUGAACAAAUUUCUAAUAUUUUUUCGCAGCUAAGCUCAUUUAAUGCUUCAGUCAAACUUAGGAGCGCAAUUUUUACGUUUAUCACUACUCACUUGGUAACACAAGAGGAAAAGCGUGAACUGCAGAAAUCAUUCAGAAUGCUUGACCAAAAUGGUGAUGGCAGAGUCAGCAAAAACGAACUAUUGACGAUAUAUAAAGAGGUCAUAGGAGGAAUGGACAGUGAUGCUAUUGUUGAUCGAAUUAUGAAAAAUGUUGAUACUGAUGGUAGUGGAUUUAUUGAUUAUACCGAGUUUAUCCAGGCAACUUUAAACCAUGAAAUACUCUUUUCGAAAAAGAACCUUGAAAUGGCCUUCAGGGUCUUUGAUAAAGAUGGAAGUGGGACUAUAACAACUGACGAGUUAAGGACAAUGCUCAGUGGAGGAAAAAUGUCAAGUAAUUCAGUUUGGGAAAGUAUUAUAAGAGAAGUAGACCAGAAUGGAGACGGAGAAAUUGACUUAAAAGAAUUCACAGAGUUAGUGUUAGAAAAAAUGUAA